AUGGAUGCCAAGUCCAUCGUAGUACGAUAUUCACCCCAAGCGGACCCCGUGACCGGCCAUGUGGAAGGCUACAAACUGCUCGAAAUAUCGAACGAGUUGAUGAAGGAGAUUGACCAAGCGGAGCAGGCAGGACAUGACUUAUCGCAAGGCAAGCCUACGGACGACGCCGUCAUCUGUACCCCUUCGGCGACCUACCAACUCCGGACCAUCUCCCUGUCCAACUCGCUCCUUGUCCUCGAACAACCCACAGCCUCGUCUUCAACAUCACCUGAUACAGAUACCUCAAGAGCCCCCGAGCUACAUCUCAAGGAUACUUCGCACGAGAUCUUGGAACUCUUGCCCAUCGUACCCCGCCUCGGGCGGAUAGAAAAGGUGCUCAAAGAAGGAGCAUGGGGUGGGAUGGACGUUCUCGCCAACUCGGACGAGAUCAGUGAGGAUGGGAAGAGGAAACGGGAAGUGGGUGACGUACGGAAUACGGACGGAAAGAAACGGUAUACCCGAUCACAGCUGUGUUCGGUCGUGCAAGCUUCGGAUCAAGAACUGGACGAGGGUCUACGAGAAAACAAUGUCAUAGAAAUCGGAAGCCACCUCGUCUACUUGCCUUUGAACCACCUCUUACCCCUUCUCAGCAUCCUCCUCUCUCUAAUCACCCUCCAUACGAUCGAUCAACCCGAUCAAUUCGACUAUACUACACAAGAAUCGCAAGAUCGCACCUUCUUUCCCCUUACAGAUCCUGCACCGAUCCGCUUGACGCUGAGGGAAGACCAUGGGGUACAGGAAGAGAUCUUCGACGGUCUUGAAGGGUUGUUCGGGAGGGCAGUCCCGGUCGAAGGCGCAGAAGAGAAGGAGAUCUGGGUGGUGGAUGUCAAGCGGGUCAUCAGGGAGAUGGGGAAAGGGAUGUUACUAGAAGAGAAUAAGGACGAGCCGAAUACGGUUGCGGAUUUCACGAACCGGUGGAGGAUGGAAGUGGGGGACGAUUUCGGUUCGGCCGUCGAUCUGGACAUGCUCAAGGGCUACUACCUAGUCGAGACCUCCCGGCUCACAGCCCUCGCCUCGAAAGACCUCUCGGCAUCCCUCUUGACUCCGUUUCCACACACUUCCCUCCCCUCAGAUCCCGCUACUCGGUUCAGCGAAUUGUUCUUGACAAGACCUAAAUGGCGACCAGAUGAUAUGGAACCGUUUCUCAGAACGCUAGUCAAAGCGGGCGACACCAAAGUCAGGGACAAGAUGGUCGCCAAGUUUGUCAGGAUCGUCAAGGAAAAAGAUGGGGUAUGGUGGUAUCCUCGACGGACGGCCUGA